AUGCAUAGAAACGUGCAGAAAAUACUGCAGGCCAAUCCGGAUGGGUCGCCUCGGGCCUGUCACUGCCUGGCGUUUCAGAGCGUGCUGCUGACUUCAGUCAGUGCACGCAGUAGCUUGGAGCUUUUCCAAACAAUUGCUUUUCCUCAUGUCCUUGGAGCUUUCCCAAACAAUUGUUUUUUCCUAACGUCCUCUCAGGCCGUUAAGGCCAAUAGCCCAGAAAGCAUCAAGAGCACCGACUUGAGUCAGUUGAUAGGGAGUACAUGGAAACUUUCCCCAUUUUUUCAUAUCCUUCGAUACGUUCCAGAGAAGUCCAAAGACAAAAUUAUCCCGUGUGCACAUGGACUAGGAAUGUUACUUAAGGUUUCCCAGGCUCUGUUUUUAAAUAACUGCUGGAAACAAUCGGAUCUCUUGCUGCUUCCAGAGCCUGGUGAGCCAAAAUCUCAACACCUACUGGGAGUUGAGAAUCACAGGGUGGAGCUGCUUAAAAGCAGACACCACCAGCAAAGUCUCUUUAAACCAGAAGACGUGCUUUGUAAGACCUUGGUAGGUACAGUAGAUGAGAAGUAUGGGUCAAUCUUUUUCCAGUCCUUUGGAAAUCCAUUUAUUUUUAGAUGCUUGUAUGGCAUAUUCAUUGAUGGAAAUGACAAAGUAGUAUCAAAAAUUGUAUUCAGCAUGGUGGUGCGUGGUGAUUACUCCAUCACUGAGAAAGCUGAGUCAGGAGGGGAGUUCAAGGAAUUUGAUGGGCCCGCAGUUUUCCCUGUAGACCUGAAGCAUCUCCCAAACAUUGCCUACAGAUCCCACAAACAAAGCCCACUCCACUGUGUUCUUGUUUCACUUAGGGACAUCAAGCAAGGACAGCAGCCUUUCUCAAACUACGACAUGCUUAUCAGCUAAUUUGUUAAAAUAAAAAUUAGGCUUUUAAAAGUAGCUAUUGUGUUCUUUCUAAAUGCUUGGUUGUUUGUUUGCUAAUCACAUCUGUGUGGUCCACCAAAAGAACAAAAGUUUUUAGACUUAACGUGUUUGUUGA